GUUAGGUGUUUGUUAUUCGUCAUCGUUUUAAACUUUAAACAUGUAAAUUCUUUACUAUACGAGGUAUCAAAGUUUUUAUUUAAAAAAAAACUAUAUGCCGGUAGGCUAUGUACGUGGAUCUAGUUUUUGGGAACAAAAAAAAGGAUUUUGAGAAUGUGAAUCUACACAUUGUGAUGACGGUGAUUGUUCAGUUUCAGAGAUUGAAAUCAACUUAACCUCUGCAGCUCCAAUAUGAAUGAAACACAAACAUUCACAGAUGGAGAUUUUUCUCCAGGAUGCAGUUUUAAUCAACAAAAGAAAUCAGAUCCAGAGUCCAGCUGUGUGUCUAUUAAAAGUAACCUGUCUAUGAAUCAGCCAACAACAUUUAAGAGUGAAGAUCCAUGUCCUGCUCUUAGUUCCAAUCAACAAAAGAAAUCAGAUCCAGAGUCCAGCUGUGUUUCUAUAAAAAGUAACCUGUCUAUGAAUCAGCCAACAACAUUUAAGAGUGGAGAUUUAUGUCCUACUCUAAGUUCCAUUCAGCAGAAGAGAUCUGAUCCAAAGUCCAGCUUUAAGUCUAUGAUGAAAAACCUGUCUAUAAAUCAGCCAACAACAUUUAAGAGUGAAGAUAUGUGUCCUGCUCUUGGCCAUGACUUAAAUCCUACUGAAGUUCUCCAAACAUUUAAAAUAAAUCUGAGUGAGAAGUUUAAACUUUUGUGUGAAGGAACAUCAAAGCAAAACCCAAUACCGCUCAAUGAGAUCUACACAGAACUCUACAUUACAGAGAAUGGAACUGGAGAGAUCAAUAAUACACAUGAAAUGAGACAUAUUGAGACACAAUCUAGGAGAAUAGUAAUAAAUGAGACACCAAUCAAAUAUAAUGACAUCUUUAAACCUUCACCUGCAAAAUACAAAGAAAUUACAUCAGAAAAAAAUGACAUCAGAAGUGUGCUGACAAAGGGAGUCGCUGGCAUUGGUAAAACAGUCUCUGUGCAGAAGUUCAUUCUGGACUGGGCUGAAGGGAAAGCGAAUCAGGACGUCCACCUCAUAUUUCCACUUCCUUUCAGAGAGCUCAAUUUGAUGAAAGACCAGCAACUCAGUCUUUUAGAUCUUCUUCAUGUCUUCUUCCCUGAAACAAAAAAUAUUAAAAUAUUCAAUGAUGAAUAUAAAGUAUUAUUCAUCUUUGAUGGUUUGGAUGAGAAUCAUCUGUCUCUGGAUUUUCAAAGUAGUGUGAGAUUGUGGGAUGUAAGUGAAUCUGCCACGGUAGAUGUGCUGCUGACAAACUUGAUCAAAAGGAGUUUAGUUCCCUCUGCUGUCAUUUGGAUCACCUCCAGACCAGCAGCAGCUGAUCUCAUCCCCUCUGUCUGUGUUGAUCGAGUCACAGAGGUACGAGGCUUCAGUGAUCUACAGAAGGAGGAAUACUUCAGGAAGAGAAUCAGGGAUGAGAGUCUGGCCAACAGAAUCAUCUCACAUCUGAAGUCAUUAAGGAGUCUCUACAUCAUGUGUCACAUCCCAGUGUUCUGCUGGAUUGCAGUCACUGUUCUAGAGAGAAUAUUGAGUGAAGCAGAGAGUCAAGAGAUCCCCAAAACUCUCACUCAAAUGUACACCCACUUCCUGAUCAUUCAGACAAACAUCAAACAUCAGAAGCACUAUGAGAAGAAAGAUGAAGACAUGAUCUUCAAACUGGGAAAACUAGCUUUUGAGCAGCUUGUGAAAAACAAUUUGAUCUUCUACGAUGAAGACCUGAGAGAGUGUGGCAUUGAUGUAGCAGAAGCAUCAGUGUACUCAGGAUUGUGUACUCAGAUCUUAAGAGAGGAGUUUGGCUUGUAUCAGAGGAAAGUUUACUGUUUUGUUCAUCUGAGCAUUCAGGAACACCUAGCAGCUCUUUAUGUGCACCUCAGUUUUAUACACGAUAACACAAGGUUAUCUAACACCUUUUUGCAAACCACUUUAUCUGAUCUGCAUCGGAAGGCUGUGGACGAGGCUUUAGAGAGCAAAAAUGGACAUCUGGACCUUUUUCUUCGUUUUCUUUUGGGUCUUUCAUUGGAGUCUAAUCAAAAUCUCCUACAAAGUCUGAUGACACAGACAGGUAGCAGCAGCUCCCACAGCAAUGAGAAAACAGCCAAAUAUAUCAAACAGAAGAUCAACAAGAAUCUCCCUUCGGAGAAGUACAUCAAUCUGUUCCACUGUCUGAAUGAACUAGGUGAUCAUUCACUAGUAGAGGAAAUCCAACAUUAUCUGAAAUCUGAAACAAUAUGUGAGAAUAAGCUCUCUUUAUCUCAGAUGUCAGCUGUAGUUUUUGUGAUGUUGACAUCAGAACAGAACAUGAAUGAGUUAAAUCUGAAGGAUUUUUUUAGAGGAAACAAAAGUGAAUCACUGAAAAUUCUUAAAAAGUUCAUGCCUGUGAUUAAAGAAUCCAGAUCAGUUAAGCUGAGUAAUUGCAAUAUUACAGAUAAAGGUUGUUCUGCACUGGCUUCAGCUCUAAACGUCUCAUACCUCACAAAACUGAAUCUGUCUGAGAAUAAACUUGGAGAUUCAGGGGUAAAGAAGCUCUCUGAUGAACUAAAGAAACAUCACUGUAAACUGGAGAUUCUGAGGUUUUAUGAUUGUAAUAUCACAGAUGAAGGUUGUGCUGAUCUGGCUUUAGCUCUGAAAUCAAACCCCUCACACCUGACAGAACUGAAUCUGUCUAAGAAUAAACUUGGAGAUUCAGGAGUGAAGAAGCUCUGUGAUGUACUAGAGAAUCCUCACUGUAAACUGAAGAUACUGAGGCUGAGUAAUUGUAAUAUCACAGAGGAAGGUUGUGCUGCUCUGGCUUCAGCUUUGAAAUUAAACCCCUCACACCUGACAGAACUGAAUCUGUCAAAGAAUAAUCUGAGAGAUUCGGGGGUAAAGAAGCUCUGUGAUGUACUGAAGAAUCCUCACUGUAAACUGGAGAUAUUGAGGAUGAAGAGGUGUAAAAUUACAUAUGAUGGUUGUGUUGCUCUGGCUUCAGCUCUGAAAUCGAACCUCUCACAUCUGACAGAACUGAAUCUGUCUGAGAAUAAACUGGGAGAUUCAGCAGUAAAGCGUCUGUCUGCUCUCAAGGAUGAUCCACAAUAUAAACUAGAAAAACUAUUCUAUUUCAAGACGACAGUCUGAUCUUCAGCUGAUGGAAAACGAGGAGCUACAGUGACUCACAGUCCACAGAAUUAACAGCAACACAGUUUGAAGACACAGCAACACUGUGUGUGUGUGUGUGUGUGUGUGUGUGUGUGUGUGCGUGCGUGCGUGCGUGCG